CCUGCUUUAAAAGCUAUAGAUCCACACGCCCUACAGAUGGCUGUACCAGAAGUGCAUUCUGUACUUCCGGUUCUGGACGUUCUACCGGAAGUACAUAAUUUUUACUUCCGGCUGAACUGCAACUGUGUGCAUUUUCUACCUGGUCUAUUGUGCGCAGCUCACGGGAUGGGUUAAGGAAAGUCUUUCAGAAGCGGCUUCAACCAAAAGCGAAAACGAAGAACCAACGUUGUCCCUAACGGGCCUUUCUAGACCAGACCCUCUCUAUGAUCAAGCACCUUCUAGGUCUUAUAAACGUCCACCGGGGAGAGCGGCUCCCUCUUGGCAAAAGUGUCAACGCAUCACAGAGGCCGGGCAGCCCAGAGCGACGCGCAUCCGAGCUUCCGGUCAAGCUGUGGGUGGCAUUCCAGGCCUUCCUGUCUCCGUGGCACCGCCUUUCCCCCAGGCGUGGCUUUGGGGCGGGGAGACCAGUUGCCUUUCGGACCGGAGGUGCUUCUCCGUCGCCUUUCUCUCCCCGAACACGGGUCCUUUGAAGGUGUCCCCCCCUCACGCUGAAUCGCUCUUUUUUGGGGGGGUUGAUUUUUGACCCAGGUUUCUACUUCCGCUGCCUUUAGGUUUCCUUCUUGUUGCAGUUAAGUAAGGUGGAUUUGCAGAAGGGCCUUUGAUUGGGAGUGGGGGGGGGGGAUCAGCAAAUAAGAGGAAGGAUGGGAAUCUCCCCCCCCCCCCCACGCACACACACCUGUCCCUCUUUUGCCGGCUGCUAAAAACAGGGUAUGGAAAUCCAUUGGGGGGGGGGGGGCUCUUAGUUUGCACCCCUUAAGCUGAAGAAACUGAGAAGGGUACAGUUGUUGCACUGAGAAGGGUACAUUUGUUGAAUGCAUCCAAUCUUUUCCAGACUGCCUCCCCCGCCCCCCCCCCCCAAUUAAAGUUUAUUUGAAUGCAAUAGAGACCACUGUCACUAAAUAUUAAAAAAAUACAAGUGUAGCAAAGACUAAAAAUCACAUUUCCUUUUCAUAUUCCCACGUCUCCGGUUUUCUUUUACUGGCCCCAGGCGCUCUGGAGAAGGAGCUCCAGUGGCCCUCUAACCACAGGGUUGUGUGUUUGAGGAGAGGAAGGUCGGCCCUGAAGAAUGCUAGUCCUGCUUCUGAUCUUAUGGACUGUUGCUCCUCAAGGGGGGGGGGGGUGCUGCUCUGAUUUGUACCAGCCCCCCACCAGCCCCUUGUCACUCAUGCCACUGGGCUGGAGCGAAAAGGUAUAAAAGGAUGGAAUUGCAAAAACAGCCUCAAAGGUCUGAAGUCAGAUGUGACCGACCCCCCCCCACCCUCAAAAAAAAAGACUGGAAAAAUAAACUGGAAGAGUGACCCAUGUAAAUGUCCCCCAGCUUUCCCGCAGUGUGCCCACCUGUCAUUUUGUACUGAGUUCCCUCCCGUGCCAAAGCAGCAUCCAUGGGGUGGCCAUCAGGUAGGCUGAGGGUGGGGCCCAGGAGUCUACAGAUUCCACACUGCACCUAAAAAGCCGAAAAAGUCUUUCCUUCACAUUGUGCAUGAUAUGGGAAAGUACUUUUUUUGAGUGUGAAGGUCACAGUUGUUUAUAAGCACAGAAAUUGAGACAGAUGGGAAAAGAGGAAGUGUUGGGAAGAGAAAAAGGGAACUAGACCGACAGUAGCCAGCAACACAGGAAAUUGACACACAUAGAAAUUGCAGAAAGCUUACUUAAAUGUUGCUGCGCUAGCUUAAUUGCUAACUGCAUGUGGAAAGCCCCCGAUGUAACAAGGGGAGAGGUGUUAGAAGCAGGUUGGCAGAUUGUGAGCCCCGUGUCCAACUAGGGAUGGACAAGGGGACAGAGCAGGGGCCUUAAACUGAGCUGUGUUAUGCCACAGAUCCCAGAGAGCCUUCUCCACGCCUGCAGCCGUGCCUUCAAUAAACUGCUUACUGCUGAGCGCCGUGUUCCAUGAAGUUUCCUUUUCCAGGUGGAACAUGGAUGCUGGACAGAUCCCUGCCAAGGCCCGGAAGAAGGUUUCCAAGGCACCAAAACAGCAGCAGUCCCAGGUUUCCCGCAGCGACCCAGACGUGUUCCACUGCGACACAUGUGGGAAGGACAUCAAGUACCAGUCGAAUUUCCGGGAGCACCAGCGCAUCCACACCGGGGAGCGGCCCUACCAGUGCAAACGAUGCUGCAAGACGUUCACCCGCUGCGCCGACCUCAUUAAGCACCGCCUGGUGCACUCGGCCCGCCGGCCGCACCGCUGCGCGGUCUGCGGGAAGCGCUUCAAAUUGCAGGCCGACCUGGACAAGCACAGCAAGGUGCACUCCGACGACGCCCCCUUCCCCUGCCACCUGUGCCCCAAGCGCUUCAAGCGGACUUCGUGCCUCGUGAAGCACCUGCGCAUCCACACGCAGGAGAAGCCUUUUGCGUGCACGCACUGCGACCGGCGCUUCAAGUGGGAAACCUCGGCCAAGGAGCACGACGAGAGUCCACAGGGAGGCGGCCCACGUCACGGCCAGUGCUCCAAAACGUUCACCCACCGGUCCACCUUCCUCCAGCACCAGCGGACCCAUCAGAAGUAUCCAGCCUUCAGCUGCAAGUUUUGCUCCAAGGACUUCAACCACAAGUCAAACCUCUUGAAACACACGCGAACUAUGCAUGGCUAGGGCAGGAGAGACAGGCCAAGGGGGUGGGGUGGGGGCUGGCCAGUCCUAAGGAGACAAUGCUGGGGAGUGGGGGGAAAUUAGGAC